GUGGGUAAAGCAGCUGAUUGGUUAAAGAAAAAAAUAAACUAGGUGACGUGGGCUGAAAGAGGAACGUCUGAAACUGCAGGAUCUGGGAAUAACAAAAAAGAAAAAACAAUGGGAAGAAAAGAGGCUACUACUUCUGGAAAAUUGCCUGUUGAUCAAUAUCGAAAGCAAAUUGGGAAACAGGAUUAUAAAAAAAGCAAAUCUGCUUUAAAAGUGACAAGACUAAAAGCAGAAGCUAAGAGAAGUGCUCCAGGAUUACGGGAUAUUUUUCUCGUCUUGGGGGCUGCGCUGAUAUUCCUUAUAGCUGUGUAUUCUUUCUUCUACCUGAAUUUGGCCACAGAAAUUGAUAUGGAUCUGGACCUGGAUGACAACUAGAAAACACAAAGCCUUUCUUCAUUUGACUGCCUCCCUUUCUCUUGGGAAGUAAACACCUUGAGAUAAACUCACAGAUUGAACACACAGAGACUGGGGGAGGGUUAAGAAUGAUGUGUCCUCUCAGAGAGUGUGUGUGUGUGUGUGUGUGUGUGUGUAUGUGAGUGAUGUUUUCUUAGCACUGCUAGCAUUCCAAGAUCCCUACAGUGCAGACUGGCUAGCUUUUACAACAUGUGAAGAUUUGGUUACAGUUGUAAAUAAAAUCAAACUUAAAAACAAAAUGGGGCCACCUAUGUACUGCACCCCUUUCCUCCUUAGAAAAGCAGACUGUCUAAAGACACCCUCUUUACAGAACUUUCAGAAGUUGUAAUAAUGGGUUAAGGAUAGUGAAGAACAUUAGAUAUUAAUUUCCCUUUAAGAGAAACAUUGAAGUUUUAAAUUUAGUAAUAAUGAAACAAUUGGUAUUUGGCCACCAUGCAAUAAGCAAAAAUAAAGUGCUUGUUGCCUGUACCUAAAAUGAGUUGACUAUCUGGAGGCAUUCAAAUAUUUUGUUAUGGGGGAAAGCAUGAAUGAGCAAUAAUAUUGGGAUCAGCUAAUUUACACAACUCAUUUAUCAGUUUGAGUACGAUUCCUUGUUUCACUAGCUUUGUAGUCCGUUCACAGUAGAUGCUGUGGCGAGUUAUUUACAUCGGUAUUGUUAGCAACUUGCAAAUUCUGAAUUAAACUGAUUAUUGCAGCUAAGAGAAGGUAACUUAUUGCUCUAGGCAAUUCCUUGUGGGGAAAUCUUUACAGAUUAGUUUUAAUAAUGUCAAGUAUUAUUAUUAUUAUUAUUAUUAUAUUAUUAUUAUUAUUAUUAUUAUUUGUUCUUUUUACUUAACAUUGGAAACACGAUAAUCUUUGAUCAGUAAUUCUCCCUGUAUGUGUUCCUAUGUAAAAACAUUCAGGAUCAUAAUGGAGAAGAUUAGACAUCUAAUCUUGGCCUGAUGAUUAAGAGUGUGCCCAGAAUACAUAGUAACCCUAUACAUUCUGGAGAUGUUCUGAAAAUGCAGUUUUGCAAAAAAAAAAAAAAAAAAAAAAAAUUAGAGCAGGUUUUUUUUUUUUUUUUUUUUUUUGUCAAAAUGACUUUUUUUUCUAUCAUUUACUUAUCUUGGGUAUUUCCUUGAGAAAAAAUGAAUGUAAAAUAAAUCUGAAGGAUUCUGUUUUUCACAAUUAUUUGUUCUGGUAUUAUACAUGAUCGUAGAUUAUGCUGCAGUCUUACAAUCUGUUUUAAAUUUGUUAUUGAUUGUAUCAUACUUACUAACAAAUAAAUCUGAUUAUAUGAUUGAAAACUGUCCUUCUAUAAAACUAUUUAAAAGAGUGAUAACCAAUGCUUUAAAAAACAAGUUAUUUACCUGUUAUAGCAGGUAUGAGCAACUUUGAGCUAAAAGAGGGCCACAAAAUCCA